GGCAGUUUGUCUCGUUGUCGCGUUCGCCGGUGUUGUCGGCCAGCAGCAGCAGUUCGCCGAGAAUUUGAAGGUUUCUGUGAAAAAGUAAUCGUAAGAAAACAUCAUGGAGUCCCAACAGCAGCCAAAGGGAUCAAGCCAGUCUCGGGAGGGGAAGCGCGCGCCCAAUCAGCCUGUCAUGUCCCAGAAGGAUGCCUAUGCCAGGCUCCUCAGCCAGCACCAUAGCGGCAAGUUCCGUUCGUACCUUGAUCAGUUUGUUCAGGAGCAGCAGCUGCAAGCAGAGAGGAACAGUAGCGGUGGUGCUGAGUUAGAUGGCAUCUGUGUGAAGAGGAACCAGGGUGGAGGCAAGGAGCCGGAGAGCUGCUUGUCCCUGUAUAUGGAGAAGCUGAAUGAGCGAGCAGUAUCUGUGACGGAGGCCUCGGGGCUCAAGCAAGGCUGGAUAGCUCAGCGACAGCACAACAAAAGGAGGGGCACCAGUGCCAGCCAGGAUGGGGACGUGGAGUCUGGUGAGGAGGGCCAUGUGCGACAUGCAAAUGCGAGGCAGCAGGAAAAACAGCUUAAGGGUACUGGGUCGAAGGCCUCCAUGGCUGAAAUGCAGAGCAACCAGCAGCAGAACAAGAAGAAGCCCAAGAAGAAGAACACACCAAAAAGCAAGAUGGAGGCCAAACUGGACGGCAGCGGUUGUGCUCGUGAUAAUGGGAUAAUCGGUAGAAUGGUGCCGAAGAGUCACCAUGAAAAAGCCAAAGCCGCGCAGUCUCAGGAUGGAACCUCUGUCAGCUUGACCCCAGACAAGAACAAGUCCAGGAACAAGGGUGGAAAAGGGAAGAAAAAGCAGGUGUUUGAAGCAUACAUGUCCUCGGAGGAGGUGUCUGCAGGCCUCAAACGUGGGGAGCUAAUUCAGGGACCAUUGCGAAUCAACCCAAAGAAGUACCACGAGGCAUUCAUUCCUUCACCAGACGGCACACGGGACCUAUUUCUGGAUGGGGUUGCAGCACGGAACCGGGCCCUAAAUGGUGACAUUGUAGUGGUGAAAGUCCUCCCCCGGGACCAGUGGAAGGUGAUGAAGUCGGACACUGACGGUGAGGGCAGCAGUGAGCAGGAGUCUGGGACAGACAGGGCUGGAGCACCAGCAGGGUCAAAAGUCACCUGUUCCAGCGCUGAUGUGAUUGUGGAGGCACAGUAUAGUGAUGGAGAAGAGGAGCAGACCCACACCGAUGCACUCGCCACCAGAGUGGAGAAGAUGAACAUCAAAACUUUGGGUUCUACAAGCAACUUUCUGGAACCACAAAAUGUUGCCGAUAAGUUUCUUCAGAGGACAGCAAAGGUGGUGUACAUUAUGGAGCAGAAGCACUCACGUGCAGCCACAGGCUUCCUCAGGUUUCUCUCAGACAAGAACUUUGCCAUGUUCUCACCCAUGGACCACCGUGUACCACGGGUUAAUGUGCCCCUGGCCGACUGCCCCGAAGACUUCCCUACUCGCCCCGGGGACUACACCAACACCCUCUUUGUGUGCCGCAUAACUGACUGGCCUGACGACAGCACCUUUGCAGAGGGGCAACUGUUGAAGAGUCUUGGAAUGGCAGGUGAGAUUGAGCCAGAGACAGAGGGCAUCCUGACAGACUAUGAUGUGGACUUCUCAGACUUCUCCGAUGAAGUGCUGCAGUGCCUGCCUCAGGACCUACCCUGGAUCAUUUCACCUGAGGAGUUGCUCAAGCGGAGAGACCUGAGGGAAGAGUGCAUCUUCACCAUUGACCCAUCUACUGCCAGAGACCUGGAUGAUGCCCUCUCCUGCAGACUUCUCCCAGAUGGAAACUUUGAAGUCGGCGUUCACAUCGCUGAUGUGAGCUACUUUGUGCAGGAAGGAAGUGCGUUGGACUUAAUUGCCAGUCGGAGGGCCACCAGUGUCUACUUGGUUCAGAAGGUGAUACCAAUGCUUCCCCGCCUGCUCUGCGAGGAACUCUGCAGCUUGAACCCCAUGACCGACAGGCUGACGUUCUCUGUCAUCUGGAAACUCACUCCUGAGGGGAAGAUCCUGAGUGAGUGGUUCGGCCGCUCCAUGAUCCGCUCCUGCGUGAAGCUGAGCUACGACCAUGCCCAGAGCAUGAUUGACUCUCCUGAUACCCUACUGGAUCCCAAAGUGCUUCCCCCAUGUGAUCCCAAGCACCCUGUCGAUGAGAUCCACCGGGCUGUUGUUGACCUGCACCGGCUUGCCCAGAAGCUCCGUGCCCAACGGUUCCAGGGAGGCGCCCUGCGCUUGGACCAGCUGAAGCUGGCGUUCACACUGGACCGCGAGACUGGGAUGCCUCAGGGAUGUUACAUCUAUCAGUACAGGGACAGCAACAAGCUGGUAGAGGAGUUCAUGCUCCUGGCCAACAUGGCUGUGGCCCAUCAGGUGUACCGCAGCUUUCCCCAGCAGGCACUGCUGCGGCGGCACCCUCCACCCCAGGCCAAGUUGGUAGAUGAUUUGAUGGAGUUUUGCGACCAGAUGGGCCUCAACCUGGACUUCUCGUCUGCGGGGGCACUCCACAGGAGCCUUCAUGAAACCUUGGGAAUGGAUGAGUACUCAAGCGCCAGGAAGGAGGUGCUCACACACAUGUGCUCCAGACCCAUGCAGAUGGCAGUGUACUACUGCACUGGGGUUCUGAAGGAGGAGGCAUUGUUCCGCCACUAUGCGCUGAACGUGCCCUUCUACACGCACUUCACGUCCCCCAUCCGGCGCUACGCUGAUGUGCUGGUGCACCGGCUGUUGGCCACGUCCUUGGCCUGUGGUCCCCACCUGGGUCUGGAGUCAGAUGACAUCCAAAAACAGGCGUCUCAUUGCAAUGACAAGAAGACGGCAUCAAAGAGAGUGCAGGAGCUCAGCUGCGAGCUCUUCUUCAGCGUCUUCGUCAAGGAGUGUGGCCCUCUUGAGUCUGAAGCCAUGGUGAUGGGUGUCCUGGACCAGUCUUUCGAUGUGCUGGUGCUCAGAUACGGCGUACAGAAGCGAAUUUACUGCAAUGCACUGAAAGGCCUAGAGAACUUCCACUUCACCAAGGUAGGCAAAAAACCAGAGCUGACCUUGGUGUGGGCGCCAGAUGACUCCGACAGCCGCUGUGUGCAGCAGAUCACCAUCUUCACCCUAGUGGAGGUCCUGCUGCAGGCAGAUGAGAUACCCACAAAGUACACCGCUGUGCUCAAGCAUCCCUGUGAGGCUGGGCCACAGGGCUCCGCCCCCCUUCUCGACGCAUCAUGCCUCCUGGGCAGCCAAGAUGCUGCUCAAUAACAGAACUGACAUAUACUCACUCUACACAAAGCAGGCAAUAUUUUGAAAAAGCUUGAAUAAAAAUGCCCAUACUUAGUUAAUUUUUAAUA